AGAGAACCCAGGCCCCCACCCACUCUUGUUGGUUGUAGCUGCUCCCUCCCCCAGAAGGCUGUUGGGCUGAUGACGGCUGCAUGUAGUCUCAUAAACCAAGACAUCCUCUCUACCUUAUUUCACGACCCCAAAAGGAUUGUGUACUGUAUUCAUAUCCUCCCCCUUACAUCCAACAAACCUAAGCUAGCAAGUCCCACGUACCACCCUUCCUUCUUCCUUUGCAUGUCUCUCUACAUAUAUGGUUUUUUUUUUCGUUCUAUUUUUUUUUGAUAACGUAAACCCACUUUACCAAACUUUUUCUAGUUGCUAAAGAAUCACAGUACAGUACAGUACAGCAGAACAUGCCUUCUGCAGCUGCUCAACACAGUACCAACGAAUCUUCUCCUGUCUGUCUUUGAUCAGUGAUACCUACAAAAUAUAUUGACGACGUUGGUUGGGGCCACUCUGGCUGAUUGAGUUUUGGAAGACUGUCGAAACCAAUCCAUCCUGGGAGUCCCUCUUCUUGUUUUUCCCAUAUUCACGCUGCUACUCGUCUACUUUGGUCCUUGAUCUGUUUGCAUUUUUUAUGAUUCAUUAGGACUUGUGUGUGUGAAAAUGGAGGUCUAAGAGAACAUUCCAGGCCAUUAUGGGAGAUGGGGCCUUCACAGCUAAUGACUCGGGAACACUUUCUGACAAUGUCCUGGACUUCGAUCUCAUGGAUGAACUCUUGUUUGAUGGUUUCUGGUUAGAAUCUACACGGGAGUCCAACUUUUGGGAGCCUGAUCAGGCAAGCAUUUCAGAAGAAGCAAAAACGACUGAUUUUGUUGACCAUAAGGCUCUCGAUCGUACCCAAAUGGAUGAAUUUGGGACAAGACACCGGGAGAACCUUGACGCUGCUCUUCAUUCUGCAUCUUCAGGACAACCUGAAGGCUUUUUGGUAGAAGGGAGCGACAUGAACAGAAGAUUAUGGGUUGGACCAACUGGAGAUCCAACUCCAAAUACCUCGGUGAGAAAGAGACUAGUGCAGGCUAUUGAAUACCUGAGGAAAUCCACUUCUGAUAAGGAUGCUCUGAUUCAACUUUGGGUGCCUGUAAAAAGAGGAGGCGGACGUGUUCUUUCAACUAAAAAUCAACCAUUCUCCCUCGAUCCAAAUUGCAGAAGUCUUGCAGAAUACAGACACAUCUCCAGAAACUAUCAAUUUGCCGCUGAGGAGGACUCCAAGGAGCUUGUUGGAUUGCCUGGCCGUGUCUUCUUGAAGAAGUUGCCCGAGUGGACUCCUGAUGUUCGUUUUUUCAUGGGAGAAGAGUAUCCACGUGUUAAUCAUGCCCAGCAGUACAAUGUUAGAGGGUGUCUUGCUCUUCCUGUUUUUCAAAGAGGAAGUGGAACUUGCUUAGGUGUUGUUGAAAUUGUCUCAACAGCUCAGAAAGUUAAUUAUCGCCCUGAACUUGAAAACGUUUGCAAAGCUCUUGAGGCUGUCGAUUUAAGCAGCUCAAUUAUCUCAACUUCUCCCAACAUGAAGGAUUGUGACGAGUCCUACCAACUAGCUUUAGUAGAUAUCCGAUCUGUGUUGAAAUAUGUCUGUGACAUGAAUAAAUUGCCGCUGGCUCAGACUUGGGCCUCUUGUAGCCGGCAAGGCAAAGGCGGGUGCAGGCACUCCGAAGAGAACUAUGUGCGUUGUGUUUCUACCGUUGACUCUGCUUGCUAUGUGCGUGAUCCACAAGUUAUGGACUUCCAUGCGGCUUGCUCCGAGCACCACUUGCUUAAAGCCGAAGGUUUGCCAGGGGGAGCAUUCAUGACAGAUCAACCAUGUUUUGCUACUGAUAUCACAGCCUUCAGCAAGACAGAUUACCCUCUUUCUCACCAUGCCAAAAUAUUUGGAAUGCGUGCUGCUGUAGCGAUACGCGUUCAGAGUAUUUACACUAAAUCUGCUGACUUUGUUUUGGAGUUCUUUCUACCGCUUGAUUGCACAGAUGCUGAGGACCAGAAGCAGAUGUUGAACUCAAUAUUUUCUGCAUUACAACAGAUUUGCCACUGUUUGCAUGUCAUCGCAGACCAAAAGGUAAGAGAAGAAACAACCAUUCCUGAUGAUGAAAAGCCAAGCUCUUCUGUCAGUAAAUCAGUAAAAGAGAAGACUUUAGGUUUUGUAUCACCCGCUAAGGAAUUAUCUCUAAGCACUUCCUCCUGGGUUGCACCCGCACUAGACAACUCAGGGACGGCCAAAGAUGUAGCUUUCUCUCUGGAUAAUCACCAGGAGGAUCCAGAAGAAGAGUGCAAGUUGACAACCCAGUGGGACAACAAUAAGGCGGAGCUACAUCAUACGCCUACAUCCCCCAAGCUCAUCCAAAUUCAGCAACGUUCUGGAUCGAAAGGAAAUGUUGUGGGUAGUGAAGAUGUUUCUGCAGUUGGGGUUCAUAACUCAAUGGGUGACAGAAGCACAGGUCAAAGAAGAAGGACGAAGACUGAGAAGAGUAUCAGCUUGCAAGAUCUAAGACAGUACUUUUCUGGUAGCCUGAAAGAUGCUGCGAAGAGUAUUGGAGUAUGUCCCACAACAUUAAAAAGAAUAUGCAGGCAACACGGAAUCACUAGGUGGCCUUCUCGAAAGAUAAAGAAGGUUGGCCACUCGUUAAGAAAGCUCCAACUUGUGAUCGAUUCAGUCCAGUGUGCCGAUGGCGCUAUUCGACUGAGUUCUUUCUAUACCAACUUCCCUGAACUGAAUUCUGCAAAUUUACCAACUCCAAGUAACUUGUCCAUGCCACAAGGGAGCGAUCAUUUGCAGGAACUGACCACUCAACCUGAGGGUUGCAUCUUAAGCCCUGAAACUACUGCUUCAAAAUCACCUUCUUCUUCUGGUAGUCAUAGCUCCAGUUCAAGUUUUUGUUAUUCCACUGGGCCAAUGCAGUCUCUUCCUGUCCACGUGCCCAGUGCUCAAGAUGCUUCAUCUGCAGAAGAGUGCAGAGCAGCACUGAAGAAAACAUGCAGUGAUGCAGAGUUGCAUGAUUUGGUUAAAAGAGAAGAAACCAAGCUUCUAGGGAGAUCUCAAAGCCAAAAGAUUUUCAUUGAUGAUGCUUCUCCUGAUACUCUGCCUUCCUUGCCACAGACUAGCAGCCAGAUAUUACAGAGUGGAAGCUUGUUUAGGGUAAAAGUAAAUUUCGGGGAAGAAAAGGUUCGGUUUAGUCUACAGCCUCGUUGGGGUUUUGCAGAUUUAUUGAAAGAAGUACGGAGGCGCUUUAGCAUAGACGAUCUCAUUGAGAUUGAUCUUAAAUAUUUGGAUGAUGACAAUGAAUGGGUGCUUUUGACAUGUGAUGCUGAUCUUGAAGAAUGUAUAGACAUACACAAAUCCUCUAAAAGCACCGUGAUCAGACUGUCCAUCCACCAGGGCCGUCAUUUUAAUGUUGGAAGCACAUCUGGUAGCCAUGGCUCAUGAUAAAAAUGGAAGCAGUCCAGAGUUCAAUUGCUUGACACAGGUUGAACACCACACCGCUGGUGUUUGCUGAUAGCAGAACAGUGAAGUUGCGACCUGUGGUUGCAGACUGAACUCUUGAUGAAGGAUACAUGAGAGGUUGAAAUGCGUUUCAUUGAAAAGAUAUUCUUGCUGAAAUCUCAAAGCGACCAAUUUUAACGCUUUGCCAAUGUGAGAUCAGCAUAUUUGUGUCGUUAAUCCUUGGCAUUCAACUGAUAUGAGAUGCUGCUACCCUUGUCCCAUCCCCUUGUUACUGCAGCUCCACUAGCAA